AUGUCCGUGACUGGACAUGAAUCAUCUGAUGCUGCCACCCAAGAGUUCAAGCCAGGAAACAAGCUGAGCGUUGAUCUCUCAGAGUAUGUGAUAGUCCUGCCUGCAGGUCCAUCUGAAAAAAAUAUCUCUGUGGCCAGUCCAACUGAAGUUGAUCUUACAUGCAAAUUAGAUGAGAAUUCCAAUUUGAAAAAUCCUCAAGUGACAUGGAAAAAGGGAAGUGAAACAAUCAGUCACACCAGUAAAGCUCCAAACAGCUGGACCAUCAAAGUGACCAUCUCAGAGAGCAGUCACCUGGGAAGUUACACUUGUUUUCUGAAGGCUGAAAAAGAAAUCAGUGCUACAUUUCAUUUGAAUGUACCACCUAUUGAUGGAAGAGAAAAACCCGUAAUCGCUUAUAUAGGAGAUACAGGUGUAAUGGUUUGUAAAACCGAGUAUCAUCCCAGGGCUUGGAAGUGGUUUAUGACCAAUGGAACCGAGCUGGCUUCCAUUGAUAAGGUUUUGCCUAAAGACAAGUAUGAAAUUCUGAGCCGAUCUGCCAGUGAAAGCCGUUUGGAGAUACACAAGCUCACUGUGGCAGAUACUGGCGAAUAUUGGUGUGAAGCUGAUUUUGUAUUAGGGCCCAGUAAAGCGAGGUUUGAAGUUAGAGUUCUGUCCGUCGCAGAACCUCUCAAACCCUUUAUAGCAGUUGUGGCUGAAGUUGCUAUUCUUGUAACUCUUAUUGGCCUUUAUGAGGUGUAUUCAAAGAAAAGGAAAGCAAAAGGAGGUGAAAAAGAAUUUGACCAAAUUGAGCAACUUAAAUCAGGAGACAACGUAACUGAGAAAGACAAGUAGUUCUAUGCAGAGAGUGAAGGUUCCUUUAAAGGAGAUUUAAGCCAAUAGAAGUAGAAAUCAUCAUAAAGUUACAGAAGAUGUAUGCAGCCACUUAAACAUUCAGUAUAUUUUGA